CCCCAGUUUGCCUGUUUUUAAUUCCUUUUCGGUUACAGAGAAUAUUUGCAAAAAUAUUUUCUGCUAAACAAUUCCAUAUUUCAUCUGUGCUCCACAAUCUCAGAACCAUGUUACUGUAGGUAUAGUUUGCAAAGUAUCUCCUCCAUUUAUCUUGAUGAUAUUCUUUCUUUUGCAAAUGAGAGUUCUGGGUGAGAAGAAUCGAGCUCUUACUUUAUAAUUCAUUUAUUUAUUAUUAAGCAGGGUCCCUUCUUUUUCCUUUCCCUUUUUCAUAUACUUUGACUUUUAAACUAAGCAAAACCAGAGAAGGGUUUACAGUGUGGAAAUCCGCGGUGUGUUACAAGUCAAAAAGUAAAUUAACAAAAUUCAACUUUUUAAAUAGGUGAGAAGGAAAACAUGACGGAAACAGAUGCCUUCUAUAAGAGUGAAACAUUGGAUCCGGCAGAAAAGUACAAAAUGGACCACAAAAGGAGAGGACUCGCUUUAAUCUUCAAUCACGAGAGGUUCUCCUGGCGCUUAACUCUGCCAGAAAGGCGGGGCACCAGCGCGGAUCGAGAUAAUCUUAAGCGCAGGUUUUCAGAGCUGGGAUUUGAAGUGAAAUGCUUUGAUGACCUGAAAGCCGAAGAGCUCCUGCGCACCAUCCAUGCGGCAUCAUCUUCUAGCCAUGUAGAUGCCGACUGCUUUUUAUGUGUUCUCCUGAGUCAUGGCGAAGGCAGUCACAUUUACGCACAAGAUACCAAGAUUGAAAUUCAGACUUUGACUGGCUUGUUCAAAGGAGACAAAUGUCAGAGCCUAGUUGGAAAACCCAAGAUAUUUAUUAUUCAGGCGUGUCGGGGAGACCAGCAUGAUGUGCCGGUCGUUCCCCUGGAUGUCGUGGAUCAUCACGACAGGCUGGACGUCAACAUCACCCAGGUGGAUGCCGCCUCUGUCUCCACGCUGCCUGCGGGAGCGGACUUUCUCAUGUGUUACUCUGUUGCAGAAGGUUAUUAUUCUCAUCGGGAAACUGUGAAUGGCUCCUGGUACAUUCAAGAUUUGUGUGAGAUGCUGGGAAGAUUUGGCUCCUCCUUAGAGUUCACAGAGCUCCUCACCCUGGUGAACAGGAAAGUUUCUCGGCGCCGAGUGGACUUUUGCAAAGACCCAAAUGCAAUUGGAAAGAAGCAGGUUCCCUGCUUUGCCUCAAUGCUUACUAAGAAACUAUAUUUCUUUCCAAAAUCUAAAUGAUAGAAACUACUUUAUGUAUCUUGUCUACAUUCAAAACAGAUCUUUUGUCCUUUUCCUAAGGUGGAAGCUUAUGAUAUAGCAAUUUAAAAUGCUUUAAGGUUAACUUAAAAUACUUCAUACUGGUAUUAGACAUACUGAUAUUAGAUGAAAAAGGCUGGAUAUAUAUGAAAUCCUCAGGGAAUUACUAUAAAUAAAAAUCCAAACAUUUCUAAUA